AGGGGAGGUAACGAGGCUUCCAACCCUGGGAUGAACUUGCACGUCUCCGGUCUCUCUCGGGAUGUCGGCGCUGACGACUUGAACAAGCGUUUCGGCGAGGUCGGCACUGUCGACAAGGCCUCGGUCAUGUACGACCCUCAUACCAAGGAAUCCCGUGGAUUCGGGUUCGUCAUGAUGGUCGACGCCGACGGUGCCGCUCGAGCCAUCGCCGAGUUGAACGGCAAGGAGUUUAUGGGCAAGGUCAUGACUGUCGCUCACGUA